AACCACCAAAAUAACGGCAUUUUGAUAUGAUGUAUAGAUGACCGUUACUGAAUUCAUUGCUGAAGUACAAGCUUUGGUGUACUCAAAACCAUAACCUCCACAGUAAAUUUUGUCAGGUCCUGAAAAGGUCCAAGAAAUAUCAUAGUGGCAGGUCCACCCACCUUCCUCUCUUUCCACGAAAUGCUAUUCAAAGUUGCAGCGUAACUUUCAAAGAAAGACUACUAUUACUCGUUAUUUAGAAACAAACAUUAUAUGACCUCUGUCUGAGACUCCAUUUGUCAUUGGAUAUUUUUGAUAACAAAGGCAUCAGCGAAACAUAGCAUAGCAAAGGAGUGUGUGUUGUUAUUCUUGUUGGAUUGAAGGAUGAUGGAGAGUUAUUUAAAUGAUAACUUUGAAGUGAAGUCCAAAAACUCUUCUGAAGAGGCUCUUCAAAGAUGGAGGAAACUAUGCGGGUUCGUCAAGAACCCCACAAGACGCUUUCGUUUCACUGCCAAUCUCGACAAGAGGGGCGAAGCCGCUGCCAUGCGUCGAACCAAUCAGGAGAAGCUAAGGGUUGCAGUCUUGGUUUCCAAAGCAGCAUUUCAAUUUAUCCAAGGUGUGCAACUAAGUGAUUACAAAGUUCCAGAGGAAGUUAAAGCUGAAGGUUUUCAAAUCUGUGGCGAGGAAUUGGGGUCUAUUGUUGAAGGCCAUGAUGUAAAGAAGUUCAGACAUCAUGGUGGUGUUAAUGGCAUUGCAGAGAAGCUUUCUACAUCAACCACUGAGGGGCUUAACAGUGACACUGAGUUGCUGAAUAGGAGACAGCAGAUAUAUGGAAUCAACAAAUUUACUGAAAGUGAACCUACAAGUUUCUGGGUUUUUGUUUGGGAAGCCUUUCAAGACAUGACUCUGAUGAUACUUGCAGUGUGUGCUAUUGUGUCACUGCUAGUUGGCAUUGCAACUGAAGGAUGGCCCAAGGGGGCUCAUGAUGGUCUUGGAAUUGUUGCAAGUAUCUUACUUGUUGUGUUUGUGACAGCAACAAGUGAUUAUCGCCAAUCAUUACAAUUCAGGGAUUUAGACAAGGAAAAGAGGAAAAUUUCCGUUCAGGUCACAAGAAAUGGAUAUAGACAGAAAAUGUCAAUAUAUGAAUUACUUCCUGGUGACAUUGUGCACCUUGCCAUUGGUGACCAAGUCCCUGCUGAUGGACUAUUUGUCUCAGGAUUUUCUGUGUUGAUUGAUGAAUCAAGUUUAACAGGAGAGAGUGAGCCAGUGAUUGUGAAUUCUGAAAAUCCAUUUCUUCUUUCUGGAACCAAGGUCCAAGAUGGAUCAUGCAAGAUGUUGGUUACCAGUGUUGGCAUGAGGACUCAAUGGGGUAAGUUGAUGGCUACUCUCAGUGAAGGUGGAGAUGAUGAGACCCCAUUACAGGUGAAAUUGAAUGGUGUGGCAACCAUUAUUGGGAAGAUAGGACUAUUCUUUGCCGUGGUUACUUUUGCAGUUCUCGUGCAUGGACUCAUAAGCCAAAAACUCCAACAAGGAAGCUUAAGGACCUGGACAGGGGAUGAUGCGUUGGAGCUGUUAGAGUUCUUUGCAGUUGCAGUUACCAUAGUUGUUGUUGCUGUUCCAGAAGGGCUACCAUUAGCAGUUACACUGAGCCUUGCAUUUGCUAUGAAAAAAAUGAUGAAUGACAAAGCCCUUGUGAGACAUUUGGCAGCAUGUGAGACAAUGGGAUCAGCCACAACUAUAUGUAGUGACAAGACUGGGACACUAACAACCAAUCACAUGACUGUUGUUAAAACAUGCUUUUGCAUGAACAGCAAGGAAGUGAACAACAAGGCUUCUAGUUUGUGCUCUGAACUCCCAGAAUCUGCUGUGAAACUUCUGCUACAGUCAAUAUUCAACAAUACAGGAGGAGAGGUCGUGAUUAACCAAAAUGGAAAACAUGAGAUUUUAGGAACUCCAACCGAGGCUGCAAUAUUGGAGUUUGGUUUGUCUUUAGGUGGAGAUUUUCAAAAAGAGCGACAAGCAUGUAAACUUGUUAAAGUUGAGCCAUUCAAUUCUACUAAGAAGAAAAUGAGUGUGGUGGUGGAGCUCCCUGGUGGAGGCUUAAGAGCCCACUGUAAAGGUGCAUCGGAAAUAGUUCUGGCUUCUUGUGACAAAGUGCUCAACUCAAAUGGUGAGGUUGUGCCACUUGACGAAGAAUCAACUAACCAUCUUAAGGCUACAAUAAACCAGUUUGCAAGUGAGGCACUUAGAACUCUAUGCCUUGCCUAUGUGGAAUUGGAAAACGGGUUCUCUGCUGAAGGCUCUAUUCCUGUUUCUGGAUAUACUUGUAUAGGGGUUGUUGGUAUCAAAGAUCCUGUUCGUCCUGGUGUUAAGGAAUCUGUGGCAGAAUGUCGUUCAGCUGGAAUAACAGUAAGAAUGGUUACUGGGGACAACAUCAAUACUGCAAAGGCCAUAGCCAGGGAGUGUGGGAUUUUAACUGAUGAUGGCAUAGCCAUUGAAGGUCCAGAGUUUAGAGAGAAGAGUGAAAAAGAAUUGCUUGAAUUGAUUCCAAAAAUUCAGGUUAUGGCUCGAUCCUCACCUUUAGACAAACACAUGUUGGUGAAACACCUGCGUACCACGUUUGGGGAAGUGGUAGCUGUAACAGGUGAUGGAACUAAUGAUGCCCCGGCCCUUCAUGAAGCUGACAUUGGACUUGCAAUGGGUAUUGCUGGAACUGAGGUUGCAAAAGAAAGUGCAGAUGUCAUAAUUCUGGAUGAUAACUUCUCCACGAUAGUAACAGUGGCCAAAUGGGGACGUUCAGUUUACAUAAAUAUUCAGAAAUUCGUACAGUUUCAGCUGACAGUUAAUGUGGUUGCAUUAAUAGUGAACUUCACAUCGGCCUGCUUAACAGGAACUGCACCACUCACAGCUGUUCAACUUUUGUGGGUGAACAUGAUAAUGGAUACACUGGGAGCACUUGCGCUUGCUACCGAACCUCCAAAUGAUGAUUUAAUGAAACGUUCACCUGUUGGAAGGAAGGGGAAUUUCAUCACCAACGUUAUGUGGAGGAACAUCUUAGGACAAUCGUUGUAUCAAUUUAUGGUUAUAUGGUUUCUUCAGUCAAGAGGAAAAUCAAUCUUUUUACUUGACGGCCCCGAUUCGGAUCUGGUCUUAAACACACUUAUUUUCAACACCUUUGUGUUCUGUCAGGUAUUCAAUGAGAUAAAUUCACGUGAAAUGGAGAAAAUAAACGUUUUUAAAGGCAUAUUGGAUAAUUAUGUUUUCGUGGGGGUGAUCAGUGCUACUGUUUUCUUCCAAAUCAUAAUAGUGGAGUACUUGGGAACCUUUGCAAAUACAACACCUCUCACCCUGACACAGUGGUUCUUUUGCUUAUUCGUUGGAUUUUUGGGCAUGCCUAUUGCUGCUCGCUUAAAGAAGAUCCCCGUUUGAAUCACGUGAAUCACUCUUCCUCAAAAUCAAUAAUCGGUUAUCUUGUUAUUUGUUA